AUGAUUUACAUUAAGUGUAUUUUGGUAUUUUUAGCUGUGUAUUGCGAUGCACGGAUAGGGAAAAAAUCUGAUGGAUCUGUGAGCAAACGUGGUUGUGCUCGUCUUGGUGAAAUCUGUACUACUAGCUCCGAUUGUUGCGGCCAUGAUGAUUCUGAGAGUGGCCAUUGUGUUGUUUGUUAUAGCUUUUGGGCUAGUCUCACUGGUAAAGGCCAUGAUAAAUGUGGUUGUAGUUAUGGUUCUGUUACUGUUGAUCCGGAUACCCAUCGUGUCAUCAGUAAUGUUUGCAACGGUCCCGAUCGAUCUGGUAAAAGUGUUUGUCAUACACGUGUUGCUCCUCCUGGUGAUCGGUAUUAUCGUGGCAACAAACUCUUUUAGAGUCGUGAGAAAAACGACCAGAUACGUUACGUGCAUGAGAAGUUCAAUAAAGCCGUCAAUCAUCACUAAAACUAUUAAACAUUAUCAAUUAGUUAUUAUACUGUCAUAUUCUACAAUGAAUUUUAUUCCUUGUUUCUUUUUAUUUUUUAUUUUAAUUAAAAAUUAGCGCACGAAAAUUAUACUUUGUCUAGUUGCUUCCGAGCAUUACCACCAUAUAUGUUGAAUCAUUGACGGUAACAUCCAUCAUCAUCAGAAUCUCAUAAUUCCUCAUGUCUUUGAUUCUUAUACAUGCAAUAUGAGAGCUUUUAGAGUAUUUCCCUCAUGACAAUGAUAAAAGUUUUGAACUUCGAAGUAUAUGCAGCUUCUCUGAUACUAUCAGAAUUUCAUCAAAUAUGAUCAGAUUCUGUAGAGUGUAUAAAUUUAUUGCCGUAUCAUUGUCGCUUCCCUAAUUAUGAAAUUUCAUUAACAAUAAAUUUGUUCGAGAAUGAUCAUUGAAUGAUAAACAAAACGUUUAUAUAAUAUCAAAUUCAAUAAAGAAGUUUUCUUAAAACCUAUCUUGGGUGUGGAUGUGAGUGUUAAUAAUGUCUGAAUCUACACCCACACCCUUUUAUUGCUUAGUUGUCUGCUAGUUGUACUUCUCUUAUCUUUUUAUAACAUUGCGAAUUAAUUCUUACCAUCAAAGAAACUGUUCGAUGAGACACAUUUUUCAUUCAAGCUUGAGAGAGAAUCGGCGUUACAUUUCUCAUUAAACAAAAGGUUGCUAAAAUUUUUGAAAAUAUUCCUAACUAUACACAAUAGUAAAAAGCUUCAAAUCAUUUCUGGAAAACAGUCUCCGUGAGACGUAUUCCCUUUACUGAAAGGGGGGUCAUAUGAAAUAAAAUGCGUUUGUAUGUAUGUAUGUGUCAAGGUCAAAAGAACAUCAGGGUCAAAAAAACAUCGUCUGAAAGAUUAAUGCUCUGUUCUUUUCUACAUCUACUCAUGCAAAGCUUGACUAGUGGUUGGCGGGGGGUGUGGGUGGGUGAGUGUGGGGUGUGGAUGUGGAUGUGGGUGUGCGUGUGCGUGUGGGUGGAUGUGGGUGUGGGUGUGGUGUGCAUGCAGUUUUUGGCUGUCAGAGGCUGUAUUCCUUUUAUUCACAUCCAUACACACAUCCUCAAGAUUGCAAAGAAAAACAGGAAACCUAUUGGAGCAGUUUCGUAACUGAAGAUGAAAUUAUGCAAGAACCUUCCUUUUUCGUAAACUAGCAAUCAAGUGAGCGAAUCGAAGUGCCAUAUGAACAAAAAAAACGCUACGAGUAGGAUUCGAACCUACGAAGGAAGAUCCCAUAUGACUAGUAAUCAAACGUCUUAAACCGCUCGGCCAUCGUAGAUGCAU